AUGAAGACUUCAACCGUCGCCAUCGUCUUGGCACCUGCGGCCGCUUCUGCGCAGUGGUGGAGAGGCGCUCCUGGUUGUGCUCUGUACUCCAUCACAGCCUAUUCACUCCAACCCACUAACGUCUCGGUCUCCCCCCUAAAGCAAUCCUGCCUCUCUUCCGCCUGGUCCAGUCCCACCGCCACCAUAACCAGCGACUGGCCCGCGCAGUCCGAGUACUGCGACUCGGACCACGGCAGCAGCAUCAACUCGUGCAUCAGCAGCGCGUGCGCCACCUCCGAGUCCUCCACCGCCUUCGAGUCCUACACUUCGCUCUCUAGCUCCCUGUGCUCCCAGUACUCCGAGUGCACGUCCGCCGGCAGCACUGGCGUCCGCACAGUCACGUACUCGGGCGGAUCAGUCACCUGGGCCGCGCCUGGGGGCUGGCGUGGCGGCGCAAAGGCGCUUGGCGGCCCCUUUCGCAACGGCAACGGGCCUCCGAACGCGUCGGACAUUUCGUCCGCCGUCGACUCGUACAGAGAGUACUGGAGCGAGUGGGCGUCGGCCUUCGAGUCGUCGCGCACGUGGACCGGCGGCGUAGCUACCGUCACGGGCUGCGACUUCGCCGGGUCCCCGUGGUUUGUCGGGCCUGGGUGCGGGUGGAACGAGCUAGGCGGGUUUAACGGCUGGGUUGGUUGGGGGUCGGGCUGGAGCUGGGGACCGACGACUACGGAGACUGUCACGUUUACGACUACCGAUACUGCUGGCGCUACGACGACUGGGACGGGACUCGCGGCCGUGGCGCUGGCUGUGAGCGGCUCGCUGACUACUUCUACGACGCUGGGGACGCCGACGGCGACAGGGGGCGCGGAGAGCGGCGCGGCGCCGGUGGGGAUGAGCCCUGGGGCUGAGAGCUCGGUUGUCACGGGUAUGAUGGGGGUUGCGCUGGGGGCGAUAUUGGUGGUUGCUGGUAUGCUGUGA